GGAGGGAGAAAGAGGGAGAGAGGGAGAGAGAGAAGCAGCUACAGUUUGCUGGCCUGGACUGUAGGGGAUGAGAAUGUUUUAAAUAGCAUGGAAUAUCUUCACAUAGUCACACAGCACUGCAUCACUUCAGAAGGGCAGCGUUCCUCCAGGCAGACAAGGUUAAUGCACUAUUGAUCACAAUCAGGUUCCCAGUUACGCUGAGUUACGGCCAUGCCUCUCGGGAAAAAUGGAAAGAAGAAAAUUGAAGACAUUAAUAUGGUGUACAACAUCAAGGAGAAGCUUGGAGCGGGAGCUUUCUCCGAGGUGGUUCUGGCUCAAGAAAAGGAUUCCGAGCGGUUGGUAGCCCUGAAAUGUAUCCCAAAGAAGGCGCUCCGCGGGAAGGAGGCGGUGGUGGAGAAUGAGAUCAUCGUUCUAAAAAAGAUUAAUCAUAAAAAUAUUGUGGCCCUACAGGACAUCCACGAGAGCCCGACUCACCUGUACCUGUCCAUGGAGCUUGUCACAGGCGGCGAGCUCUUCGAUCGUAUCAUCGAGCGGGGAUAUUACACAGAGAAGGAUGCCAGUCAGCUCAUCCGGCAGGUCCUGGACGCUGUCCAAUACUUGCAUGAUAUGGGAAUUGUGCACCGUGAUCUGAAGCCAGAGAACCUGCUCUAUGCAACCCCCUUUGAAGACUCAAAAAUCAUGAUCAGUGACUUUGGCCUGUCCAAGGUCGAGGAUGGUGGAAUGAUGGCCACGGCUUGUGGGACACCAGGCUACGUGGCCCCGGAACUCCUGGAGCAGAAGCCAUAUGGAAAAGCUGUAGACGUGUGGGCCAUUGGCGUCAUCUCUUACAUUCUGCUUUGCGGCUACCCCCCUUUUUACGAUGAAAACGACUCUGAACUGUUCAGUCAAAUCCUGAAAGCAGAAUAUGAAUUUGACUCCCCAUACUGGGAUGAUAUUUCAGAAUCAGCCAAAGAUUUUAUCCGACAUCUCCUGGAAAGGGAACCGGAGAAGAGGCUGUCCUGCCAGCAAGCCCUACUGCAUCCAUGGAUCUCAGGAGACACGGCUUUGGAAAGAGACAUCCAUGGCUCAGUCAGCGAGCAAAUCCAGAAAAAUUUUGCUCGAAGCCAAUGGAAGAGAGCCUUUAAUGCAACGUCCUUUUUGCGCCACAUCACCAAGAUGGGUCAGAGUGCAGAUGCGGAGACUGACGAAAACACAGAAGAGGCUGUCCCUAAGGGGAAGGAUUAAGCGGUCAUUUGAGCUGGAAAGUGAAGACUUGACGUCUGGAGUACUCCCAUACCAGGGAUCUCCAUGUCAGGCACUACACCCUUGCAUGAGCUUGUGGUGACACCUGUCUGCAUGAUGCCUUCAGCGGCCAAUGGCUGUUCUUCCUUAGCCCACCACGGCCCCCUUAAAAUCACCAUCCCUCCAGCUGGCCCCAGUUUACUGAGAGUUUAAUGAGAUGGAGUACAAAACACUGCUGCAGUAUUAUUGGUUCCCCAUUGUAUCCUCAUCCAAAGGACCAUAACAGAAAGAGACUUACAGGAUUCGCUUGCUGGAUGUCUUCUACUUCAGUCCUUCAAUGCAGUGAACAGUGUUGAAGAUGAUCAUGGACCAAGGGUAAUGCACUGCCUCGCUGGAAAUAUACAGUGGUCUUUAUCACAUGUUUACAUAUGUAGUCCCCCUUCUGUUAAGAUUUUAAUGUAUCCAGAUUACAGAGGAGCUAAGUAUCUUCCACAACGUUAUAAUGUUAUGAUGUUUAUUUCAGUACUGACGACUUAAUGAUCUUUAUUAAAGGGUUCUGAUAUAAUUUGCAGCUCAAGGUAAAGGUACAUACGAGCCAUAUCUGGCACUCAAGGACCUGACUUACUUGGGUUCACCACUAGUCCUAUCAACGUCAAAACCAUUUAUGUGGUGUAGACCAUGAAAACAUUAUUUUUAAAGUCACAAGUCAAUUCACCAGUUACCUUAUAACAGUUAGUUGCCAAACAAAAUUCAGAUCCCCAUCAGCCAAAACAGUAGACCACCGGAAAGCUGGGAUGAUACACAAAACAGUGCAUUGCACAACAAGACGUCUCAACGUCAAGGACAAUCUACAGUUGAGAUGCAAGACCAGACAAGGUGGAAGGUGAGACAAAAGAUACCAUAAGAACGGAGGAUCGGGACCUGGGAGGCUGGGAAGAUCAUGAGCUGAAUUUUAUUUGGGUUUGGAUGUCUUGGCUGUUUAACUUCUAGUGGAAAUCUUUUUUACGUCUUUGUGAACCCCCGAGGCCUUUGUGCCAAAUCUUUGACCUUGUGCUCCCUCCACCCUCUGAUGCCACUAUGCUUCUCCACCAUGAUGCUAUAUCUCCGUAGAUGCACAGUUGAGGGAUGUAUUGUCAUAUGAUAUAAAUCGCAGAAUACUCUGUGGACUCACACACUUAAAAAAAACCCUACCCCCAGUGAAGAUGUGCCAAACAUGGUGAAAGUGUGCUUAGGCUUCUGGUGUCUCUUUGAAACAAAAUAAUUAUUGGUGUAUUAAGACUGUGGUUUAGUCUCUGGAAAAGUGUACUCUUGUGAUUUGGUUGUCAUACAUUAAAUACUGACCUGUAACUCA